AUCUCCUUUUGCCAUCUUCCACGCCUCUCAUGCCUGCAUAGCAUAUAUCCUUGACACCUUUCAACCACACCUUACAAGCCUUUUGCCUCUUGUCAUUGAACCAAUCGCAGAGGUGGGGCCCCCCACGAUGAAUUGCUCAGUGCUAUCUCUUAAAAGAAGAGAAUUUUUCUCUUCACUGUUGCAAAGAUCUCUUCGUUAAUUCUUUUCCCUGUGUCUCUCGUUUCUUGGUCUGGACCUAGGAUUUUACCUCCCUUGCUUCCUUCUUGCACCUCCCCACAACCAUCGACAAUAUGGGCCGUGAGGGAGACGGGGCUCCCAUACCCCACAGUGCCGUCUCUACCGCGGUGAAAUCUGUUUCUCUGACAUCAGAAUCCCCGGACCUGGAGAAGCACGUGGAUUCGUCAUUUACCAUCCGCCGGGCUUCUGAUCCCAAGAGCGCCACCGUUGGGAGUAGUGAGUCCGUAAGCAAUGCGAAUUUCAAGCCGUCCGCGGACCAUACCCAUCGCAAGCUUAAGCCCAGGCAUAUCCAGCUAAUCGGAAUCGGAGGAACAAUUGGAACGGCUCUGUUCGUCCAGAUAGGCACCGGCUUGAUGAGUGGUGGGCCCGCGAAUUUGUUCAUGGCCUUCACCUUAUGGAGUACCUUUAUUCUGGCUGUUACUAUGUACAUGGAUCCCGUGACACGGAGAAUAGGCAUGGCUGAAAUGGUCACAUAUCUACCAAUCUCUUCACCUUUCAUCCGGUUCGCUGGUCGUUACGUGGACGAGGCGUUUGGCGUUGCCGCCGGAUACAAUUUUUUCGUCUUCGAAGCUGCCAUGGUGCCCUUUGAAAUCGUUGCUUGCAACUUCAUCAUCCAUUACUGGAGCGAUAUCGUUCCUGCUGCGGUCAUUAUUUCGAUCGUAAUUGUGAUCUAUGCGAUAAUCAAUUUCUUCGCCGUUCAUUGGUACGGGGAGUCAGAAUUUUGGCUGGCUAUAGGUAAAGCCCUACUCAUCAUCGCAUUAAUCAUAUAUACUUUCAUUGUCAUGCUUGGGGGCAACCCAAUCGGGGACCGUUUUGGAUUCCGGUACUGGCGUGACCCAGGGAGCUUUGCAGAGUUACAUAAGACGGGAGAUCUUGGCAGGUUUCUAGGAUUCUUACAGUGCCUAAUUCAGGCGAGUUUCACGAUUGCCGGCCCGGACUAUGUGUCAAUGGCUGCCGGUGAGGCCGAAAAUCCGCGGGAGUCAAUGCCCCGAGCGUACAAUGCCGUCUUUUACCGAUUAACGUCGUUUUUCAUUCUGGGAAGCUUGGCUGUGGGCAUCAAUGUACCCUACAACGACCCGACUAUGAAGGAUGCUUUUACCAAAGGUCUCCCAGGUGCUGCUGCAUCCCCGUACGUCAUAUCAAUGAACAGGCUGAAGAUCCCGAUUUUCCCGCACAUUGUGAACGCGAUGGUUCUCAUGGCCGCAUUCAGCGCAGGUAAUAGCUACGUUUACUGCGCCAGUCGGAGCCUCUACGGUCUUGCCCUCGAGGGCAAAGCACCUCGAAUCUUCACUCGUUGCACCAAAAACGGAGUACCGACGUAUUGUGUGAUGCUCGUUCUUCUAAUCGCCCUGUUGAGCUUUCUUCAAGUUUCCAACAGCGCCGGUGUAGUGUUGCAGUGGUUUGUCAGCCUAGUCACGGCGUCUCAGCUGAUCAACUUCUCAAUAAUGGCGUUCACCUACAUUCGAUUUAAGAAGGCAUGCGAUGCGCAGGGCCUGUCUCGCAAUUCCCUGCCAUUCAAGUCCCCUUGGCAACCGUUCCUAGCGUGGUACGCCUUCGUGGGCUGUGCUGUUAUGGCAGUUGUGGGUGGUUAUACCGUCUUCUUGCCUGGUAAAUGGGACGUACCGACUUUUCUGUUCUCGUAUACGAUGAUCGCUGUUGUUCCAUUCCUGUUUAUUGGCUGGAAAGUCUUCAAACGUACCAGGUUUCUCAAGCCAACGGAAGUAGACCUGAUGCAAGAUCUAGAUGAGAUUGAAGAAUAUACGCGAAAUUUUGUCCCGCAGCCACCGAGAAACACAGUGGAAAAGAUCCUCGACAAGAUGUUUUGAUUUCUAGACGACAUCCUGAACGGCGCAUCAAAACCCACCGUACGCGGCGAACUUUUUAUGGAAUGGCGAGAAUGGGCGGACGGCAUAAUUUUGACCAGUUUUCAACGAUUAUAGGGUAGAUUUAGGAAGCAAUUUGGUUCUGCAGUUGGGAACGACUCGAUGCGGGGCGCAACUAGUCGCCAAGGAUACGCUGGGAACUACAGAAUAGAGAUUCAUUGCAUCGAUCCUUCGUCAUUUUCUGUUCGCAAUGUCAAACGCGUACAGGAUUCUGGUUGAAUUUGAUUAUUAAUGAGCAUGGCGGACUCCAGGGUAAAAUUCAAGAUAACUAUAAGUAUUAUUCCGCUAACAUGAUAUAACUACAUAUUUCCUCUG